GGUUUUACAGGCUGUUUGGGAAUAAAACGGGCACUGAGCCUACUCAAGAAUGUGCAGAUUUUCAGAGGGGCGGGGACAAGCUGGCUUUCCAUCCAUAGCAAGCAAAGCGGCGACCAAAUCAUUGCGCGCCUCUGUAAUUGAGUUAGUUAGGAAGGCAACGGGGAUCUCUUAGCAUUCUUCAGCACCAAAUUUAUCGGAUGUUUUUUUUCUCGCUUAUAUGAGGCACAUUAGGCGUGACCUGAAUAAUAACCAACCUCGCCCGGACUAAACGAACACUGGGACUCGAACUAGUGACCCAAGGAAUAAGUGCGGCUCCCUCAGCCAGAAGGAGGAAACGCUGCAGCUUGCUUUGCCUGCGCGUCGUGUUCCAGAGCAUCUGCCCCAGGAUGAGGCGAUGAUAAGCGGACCUUCUGGUUUGUUCUCUCCGUCCACCUCUAGCCUGCAUGAAACAAAGUCUGUUCUUCGCCACACAGCCUGCGCCGCAACGUAAACGCCUGGCGUGCUGUCACCGCCGCGCGUUUCCCCCUCUUUUUAUGCUGUGAGUAAACAGUUCUGCUGCUAAGGGUCCAGCCUCUCCCAAUAUCACAAUGAGGACCACGGAGGAGACCGAGGGCUUUGACGGCGAGGCCUCCAACACGUCCAUGAUCUCCGGGGCCAGCAGCCCGUACCAGCCCACCACGGAGCCCGUCCUUUCGCGCAACGUUUUGGGGGCGAUGAGGUGCGACAUGGAGUACCUCGUGUCCUACUUCGGGAUUUUGAAGGCGGUGGAAGUGGUCCUGUCACUCAUCAGUUUUAUCUGCAUAGAGACCAUCAUGAUGUGUUCUCCCUGUGGAGGGGUCUACUUAUUUGAGUUUGUCAGCUGCAGUGCCUUCGUGGUGACCGGAGUCCUUCUCCUGAUCUUCUGCCUCAAUCUCCACAUCAAGGUUCCCCAAGUCAACUGGAACCUGACGGACCUGGUUAACACUGCUACCAGCACCUUUUUGUUCUUUCUCUCGUCCCUUCUUCUGGCCUGCAUCAACCACGACACAGGAGCUGAAAAAGCAGCAGUAGUCUUCGGCUUCCUGGUGACAGGUGUGUUCGGCCUAAACACCUUCCUGGCGGUACGGAGGUGGCGCCGUGGCAACGGGUGUCAGGGGGCCGCUCAGACCAGCGAGUACAUGCGAGCGCGCACGGCAUCCCGUGGAGAAAUGGAGGCUCGACCUGAGCUCGCGUGAGAGCCCGCAGAUGAACUACGCACCGGCAGCUGACAGAGAUGGACGCGACUCUGGCCCGUUGAGCAUACAGUUGGGAUUUGGACCUCUGAAAGUUGUGAUCCCUAAUGAAGCUUCAUUUAACAGCCAGAGUUGGGCUGUGCAGUCAUUGAGAUUCCUUCUCAAAAUGAAACUGUUUCACAGGAAAAGCUGGAUCAGAACUCAAGACGUGAACCACUUCCGUGUCUUGGAAGACACUGGUGACAUUUGCAAGCUUUUGUCUUUCACUGUGAUUGAAGGCAGUGAGUGAUAAGUGGUAGAAAUAUGCCUGUGGACCAGGGCUCCAUGGACAAGCAGCUCUUUCACCUGCGGUCGUCCCCUUAUUGUUCCGUCCUGCAGCUUUUAGCUUCUUCCUGUGAAAAGACUGGUUGUCGAACGUAAUAUCUGAUGAAGUAUGACUGUUUUUUUUUUUUUGUUUGUUUUGUUUUUUUGGCAGACUUUAUAAUCGCCUUUUAAAAUUGUAACCUGAAAUCGGUAAAACUAUUUGCUGCCAGGAGUCACACAGUGACAGCACAGUGGGGGGGGGAUUCUUAACUUGAAAACACUGUGAGGUCAGAUUUUAUGAAUGAUUGGAAACGUUUGACUUGAAAACUACAAUAACAACAGGAAGAAAAUCUGUUUCAACUUUGUGGUUUGACGACCAAAAAUGUUUUUUCUAAUAUUAGAUUUCAAGCUCAUCUUGACAUUUGUUUACUUUUUAGUGUUUUGCUAUAAAAGUGCAUCAUAAUUAUUAUUAUUUUUUAAACCCAUGUAUUCCCAGCAACCUCUGAUCCAAAAUAUUUAAUGUCAUUUUUGCUUCUCUAAAAUUAAAUCAAUCAGUGAGGA